AUGCCCUGCCUUUGGACAUCUUGCCAAACGCCCACCCUUUUGUUCUCACUGGUGAAGAUCAAUGUUUUUAUUGUGGUAUUUACGGCCACCUAUCAAACUCCAUCUGUACAUCAACCUUUGUCUCCUGGUUUAUCUUCCUCAGACAAGGAGUAUCUCGUCCAAACGGUUGCCAAAUUGGAUGCUGAUUUUAACCCUUGUGAAGAAGAGCCAGUUCCGGAUAUUGUCUUGAUUGACAAGUGGGGGGAUGCUUAUGAUGAGUCAAUGUCCAAUGCGGAAGCACCCACGGUGGUGGCAUUGCCAGCCUCUCCAUCUAUAAUCAAAACACUUUGGGAGGCCGCGCACGGGGAUUACAUGCUCAUGGUCAUCCGUCAAACUGGAUACGGAGGUCCUAAUAAACUUAUGUCAUCAUUGUGUUGUGUGCUUUUGUUUAAUUGUAAACAUGCUACGCAGGCCAAUUGA